AUGCCGAACACAAUCAAGUUCGUGGAUGAAAGCAGGACGCAAAAUCGUGAAAUGGCGACAGGCUUAAAACAGGAGAUGGAAGAACCAGUUCAGCUGCAGGACCACUGCGGGGAAGAACAGAUAGCUCCGACACCGGGACAGGAACAACGUCAGCACAAAGAGAGCAUAAGUUCUUUUGUACCUUCACAGCACGGCAACGGACAUGCUUUCGAUCUUGGCAGCGUUGCUAACUUAGGUUCUUCAAUUCCAAUCAAUUGUUGGCAUCGAUUUAAUGCGCAUCCGUCAACAUGGCAAAUGGAAGAGUUACCUAAAAUUGAUCAAGAAACGAGAAGUUAUGAGUCCAACGCACAGUGUGCUUCGCAAUCACAAUUACCCCAAGCGGGUUCUACCUGGCCAUCUAAUGAGCAGGUUUAUCCAGCCCAAAGCGCAUCUCAAGGACAAUUCAGGACUUAUGGCAGCCCGAUGGUGCAACAGCAUCAGCCUAGGCCAACCAUCUUAGUCAUAGUCGUCAACAAACAUGGCGAGUCUUCUGGAGGGGUUCCUGGCGUCGCCUCUGGCGGAGUUCAUGGAGGAGCUUCUGGCGGAGUUCCUGGCAGAGCUUCUGGCAACUAUCAGCCGCCCAAACCUUAUCCUAUGACGGAAUAUCAAGUUAAUUAUCAGCCGUUGAAUCUACCUAAUGGCUACACUUUGGCAUCACGUUAUCCAAUUGGUGGCUAUCAGAAGGGAGGUUGGACCGGCCAAGCCCCUCAAAGUUUUCAGCGUUCCAACUUGAAAAGUUAUGGCAGCAAUCAGACUCAAGCAAAGUCCGUUGAAUACGCUCCUGACCAAAAUCAGAUCAUAAACCUUAGAGACACCGCACAAGCUCACAGCUCAAAGGGAUCUGAUUCUGGACAAGAACGUAAAAAUUCACAUGGUUGCUGUUGCUGCCCACGCCAAGAUACAAACACCAGAGCAACGAAUGAAGAAAAGGAUGAACAAUGCUUGUGUGACAACAACUUGGGAGCAUUGGAAAAGACCCUCGAGAGUUUAAUUCCUAGCGAUUCGUGCAUUUGCUAUUUGGCAAAGAAUGCAAGGAAAAAGCGCAAGAAACGCAAACAACUUCCGUUCAAUGGUCGAUUCGCGAAUCCUCCAUUUGUCAUCGAACCCAAGCCGAAAUUUUGCAACUGCUGCUGUCACAAUCCAUGUAGCUUUCAUUUCUGCAACCAGAGCAACAACAACAGCUGCUGCAACAACUGCUGCAAUCCAUGCUGUCCCUGGUGCUGAACUCCACAUAAAUUGUUCCGUCUCAAAAUCCCCAAUUCCCACAAACAAAAAAUAAAUUAAUUAAAA